AUGCGAAUCGACGAACAACAUCCCAUGGCGGCCCGUCCAUCAUCGCAAUCAAUACUAGGAAAAGAACGAGAAGGUCGGCUUGUUUCUCGUGUGCAUACAAUUCUACCUGAUAUUGCUGCAUCUGCAAGUCAUCCAUUUCUAGCUUGCCGUCAAGAUGGAUGA